AUGACUGUAGGAAUUUGGGUCAUUGGUUACGGCUCGCUCAUUUUCAAGCCUCCUCCUUACACCGAGUUCCGGGUCGAAGGUUACAUCAAAGGGUAUGUUCGUAGAUUUUGGCAAAGUUCGUCAGAUCAUAGAGGCACUCCCGAGAGUCCCGGACGAGUUGUGACUUUGAUUUCACUCCAGGACUUGCAAGACAAUUCCAGAUUCCAUAAUGAUCUCCAAACCUAUCAGUUCAACACUAGCCAAGAUCGUAAGGUGGAUGAACUUACACCAGAUGAUCUUAAAGUAUGGGGAUGCGCAUAUUAUGUCGCACCAGAAAAUGCUGACAAAGUGAGACAAUAUCUUGAUGUAAGAGAACAAGACGGAUACACAUUACAUAAUGUCCCUUUCCACAUCACCAGUAAACUCCCAGAUCAUGACUCAUCCCUCCCUGUUACAUCAAAGAGCGAUACUUUUCUCGAAUCAAGUAUUUAUAUUGGUACAAUAGACAACGAAUCAUUCAUAGGACCAGAAGAUAUCGAGCGUACUGCAUAUGUGAUUGGAAAUAGUGUAGGUCCAAGUGGUCCAAAUUCUGAGUAUUUGUUCAAACUUUGCGAUUCAGUUAGACAAUUAGGUCCAGAAAAUGAAGUAAGGGACUUUUAUUUAGAAGAGCUUUCAAAGAGAGUUAAACAACUCAAAUAA